AUGAAUAAAACGUAAGAUUUGUACCAUUGUAGAACGAGCUUUUCGUUCUUCUUUUGGCAAUAAACGCCCAGUAGUAGCUUAUUUUAAUUUUAUAACCGUUGCAUUUAUUUUUCGUUAUGGAUAAUAUCCUUUUUCCAACUUUUCAAUCUCAAAACCUUUAUUUUUCAGAAUGUCUGACGACGCUUUGGAGCCCUCAUUGUCAAAUGUCGUCAAUCAAACCUCAUUAAAGUGGAUUUUCGUUGGCGGAAAAGGUGGAGUUGGCAAAACAACUUGUAGUUGUUCUUUGGCCGUUCAGCUCGCUAAGGUUCGACGGUCGGUUUUGAUCAUUUCGACCGAUCCAGCUCAUAACAUUUCGGAUGCUUUUAAUCAAAAGUUUGGCAAGACUCCGACGUCUGUUAAUGGCUUUGAGAAUUUGUAUGCGAUGGAGAUUGAAAGCGCCGGAGGUGAAAUCACUUCACAGGCUGAGAAUCCAGAAACUGAUGAGGGAUGUAAGUUGAUUUUGGAUUUAUUGUUCUUGUUUUAGGUAUUAAGAUGGAUGUUGUUGUAUUAAAGGGUGGCAUCGGCUAUUGUUCUUGAAUUUUUAAGGUUUUUGAAACGUUUUGAAUUAGGUUUUGUUUUUAAAGUAGACUUUUUUCAGGUGACACUUGGUUAUUUUAUGUGUGGGAGUCGAUUUCUUUAUUUGAAAGCUAAUUUCUUACCUUUUUUAAAAUUUAUAAGUUAGUUAAGGACACUGUUAAAUUAUUUAGCUACGAUUUUAUUUCUAAACUGCGAAAACAACAUCUAGAAAUUAACAUUCUCCUUUCAGCCAUGUUGAACAUGACAAAAGGUUUCCUCUCCGAAAUUACUGGUGGAUUACCGGGUAUUGACGAAGCCAACUCGUUCAGUCAGAUGAUCAAACUUGUCGAAUCCAUGGAUUUUGAUGUUGUUGUGUUUGACACAGCUCCAACGGGUCAUACUCUUCGUCUUCUUCAGUUUCCAACGUUAAUCGAGAAAAGCUUGGGAAAGUUGAUGGGAAUGACAAACCAAGUUAUGCCACUAGUCAAUCAGCUUGGUCCUAUGUUGGGGAUGAACAAUAUGAGUCAGGAACAAGCAUUUGGAAAGAUGGAAGAGACUUUGGAGAUUGUCAGGAAGAUCAACAAGCAGUUCAAGGGUGGGUACUACAAUAUUGAGGAUAUUUUGAUGUAGAUCGUUUUUAGGGUUGACAUUUAUGUUGAUAUUAAUUUCAACAUAAAUAUUAAUUAGAUGUGUUUUUCAGAUCCAGAGUUAACGACCUUUGUCUGUGUGUGUAUCGCCGAGUUUCUUUCAAUGUACGAGACGGAGAGGUUGAUUCAAGAACUGACUAAACAAGAUAUCGAUACCCACAAUGUUAUUGUAAAUCAACUUUUGUUUCCAGACAAAGACGAUAAAGGUUGUGUGGUGUGCAGAAAGUGUAACUCAAGGUACAAGGUUCAACAAAAGUAUCUGGAUCAGGUUGGUUUUUGAGAUUUAUGUGAUGUUUAAUGUUUUAGAGGCAGAAAGCUUAUUAAAAGGGUCGAAAUGGAUAUGAUUUAGAUUCACAUGCUGUUUUAGCUUAUGAAAGUUUAUUAUUUAGAAUAUAAAGGACUAUUUUCAAUUUAAAAAUUAUUUUUUUAGAUUCUCGACUUGUAUGACGACUUCCACAUUACUCAGUUGCCUUUACUAGAGACCGAAGUCCGAGGUCCCGAACUUCUGAAGUUUUUCAGUGAAAGACUCGUGAACCCAGAACUCAACAAAACUGACGAUAUCAAAUCCGACAGCACUUCUGAAGCAGUUACUGCGUAG